UAGAGAGCUCAUUACACACCAAGUCACAGUGUUAGGGGAUCUCUGGGACACUCCUGCUGCACCUGCCUGGCUUGUAGAACCGGUGGAUCAGGUUGGCUGCCAUAUGGCUGAUGUGUAUAAGAUACAAGUGUGAGGCUGGGACUGAGCAGAACAGCCCUCCACAACGGAAUACACAGCAGCAGCACAGCUUCCUGGGAUCUCAGCCUGAUAUAACCUGUGAACCUGCAGCUCCUGACACUUCUUCCCCAAGAGCCCACAGCACCCUCCUGGACUGAACCCACACUGCCAGCAUGGCCAGGGACAGUGUUCAGAUCCCAGAUGACCAGGACUUUAAAAACUUCAGGUCUGACUGUCACUCUGAGACUGGCUGGACCUUGACUUAUAACAAGUCCGGGAUCACUGUUUGGGUUCAGAUUCUAGAAGAGGAGAGAGCUCUGCACAAAAUCAAGUGUCGGAUGGAGUGUAAGGACGCGUCUGCAGAGAUUCUUUACGAUGUUCUACACGAUAUAGAGUACCGCAAGAAAUGGGACACAAAUGUCAUUGAAACCUUUGACAUCGGAAAGCUGACAGUCAAUGCAGAUAUCGGAUACUACGCAUGGAAAUGCCCCAAACCAUUAAAAAACCGUGAUGUCAUCACUCUGCGCUCCUGGCUGCCAAUGGGAAACGACUACAUCAUCAUGAAUUACUCUGUGAAACACGCAAAAUAUCCACCAAAAAAAGACUUGGUGAGAGCAGUGUCCAUCCAGACAGGGUACCUGGUGCAGAGCGGAGGGCCAAAAAGCUGUACUCUUAUCUACCUGGCACAAGUGGAUCCCAGAGGUUCUUUGCCCAAAUGGGUUGUGAACAAGUCGUCCCAGUUUUUGGCUCCAAAAGCAAUGAAGAAGAUGUAUAAAGCUUGUUUAAAAUACCCUGACUGGAAGCAGAAACAUAAUCCCCAACACAAACCUUGGCUUUUCCCUGAGCAGAGCAACCUCCCUAAUAUCAGCCUGUCUGAUGUGUCCGUCCAGCACGCCGACUCACUGGAAAACAUUGAUGAGAGUAACAUGACAGAGACCAAAGAUGACCGAGGAGAAGCCAGCGAUGAAGACAGCGUCAACUGAGCAGUCGGUGCCUCCGCCUGACCCGUUUUUGUCAUCUUGUUGUGUAGAAGGGUCUUUGUAGGUCAGACGUACAGAUGGGUCAGUGAUGGACUGGGGUUGGGGACUGUAUGGGUAAAGAUUAGGGUUACUUUGUGGAUAACCCGAAGGGCAUUUGGAUUAUGGGCCUCUAGCAAAAGCCCAUAUAGAACAAGCUGUGGUACUGCAAGGGUUACGGAAUGUGUCACCUACUCAUCCACUUAUGUCAUAAGGGUAAAAGCUAUAGUCAAAGCUGCAGUCUGCCCUUUCUGAUCAAAAUGACCUAACAACAACUAAAAUGAAGCACACAAAAUACUUACAUUUUAUUUUAUUUUUCCUUAUAUUUUCCAAUUAUUUUCUGGGAGCAGUGGUGGUUACUGAUUUGAUUUUUUACAAGAAUUGACAACCAAACACAUAUGAUAAAUAAAAGAAUGUUUGACUAA